AUUCAAAUACUCCGCCCAUCAAUGUGACAUUUUCUGUGCAGCGUAGGCAGUGCACCUUAUGGUCAUUAAGAUGAGACAAGUAGGAUAAACAGUGCAAUAUAGCGAUGCCACGCUGGCAGAGAGACCGGACAUCAGUCGCCAUGAUGCUGUCUAACGACGAGCGUAAUCCGUGGGCUAUUAGUGGUGUACAUUGGACGCAAUCUAGUAGGCAUCAGCUGAUUGGACGAGCAACGGGUUUGGCAACUGUCGCAGCUUGAUUGGCUCACCUGAUAAUUCCGUCGGACACAUUAUUGGUUUGGUCCGUGCGUCAAAUGCAUGACUUGCACUGGUCGCAUGGCCUGGGCCGAAGUGCCUCUACCUUGUGAGAAUCCAAGUGGAAUUCGUGCACUUCGGCACUGAUGUGCUACCUUCAUUCCGCGUUGCGCAAGAGGAUAGUCAUCCAAUGAUUAAUUUGUAUAGAAAAAUACUUCUCCUGUUAUCAUAUUCAACUUCGGCUAUCCUCGAGGUACCGGAACCAUGGCACCCUAGGGUUGAUCCCAUGAUACUAACCAAUCACUCCAUGGUGUUCAAACCCGUGACCGAUCCCCUAUUCCGCACACGAAUUAUCAACGCGGUUGACUUAGCUUUGAACGCGCAACCGGGUGGUAAAUCGAUUGGCCAUCUGUUUCAAUGGCUUUUUAUAACUGGAUUCCGAGAAUCCUCCACUCGAAACGCUGGCGCAUGGCUUAUUAUCGGCGGUGUUGUGCCCCGUCGCAACGCGACCAGCAGCGAACCGUUUGUCUCUGAGGCUACCGGUGUUAUUGGCUGUCGACUGAACACUUCCGAGGAGAGUGGGGCCGCUUUUCAUCUCACAUCGUGCUUCUCACUUCAGACGAGUCUUAUCUCCAGCUCCUCUCCACCAGGAGACACGGACACUGAAAUUCGUGCUGGGCUCCUUGGAAUGGGUCUGUCCAGUUUGCAGCUGAGAGCCCCUGCGGACGGCGCUGUCCUAGUUUACUGUGACCCUUUAUGGAGGGUUGCGGAUUUGCAUCCCGGUGGCAUAUGUCGCAUCCGGUUGCGUCAACAUGGAACAUGGAGGACUUUGGACACAAAUACAGAAACUAGCGACCUCAUUGAAUUUUGCACAGUUUCCGAUCAUUCCCAACCGUGUGGAGGCGGUUUUUCUAUAGACCUAUUACAACUGGAUCAGUCAACUAACGGAAAUGGCGAUUCACGUGGCGAUGCGACGCCCAAAGUAGACAUGUUGGUGGGACUACCGUUUAAGCAACCUAGUGGAGAGGUACACUUGUUACGGAACAUCCUGCAAAAUUUCGACGGAGUUCUCCAAAAGCCUACCACACUGUCUAGCUCAGUUCGAAUCCUCGGAGACGAUAACAAUUUUGGAUCUAAAGUUAGAUUCUUAUCUUCAUUAGGUGAAGAGGAGUCAGAUUGGCUGAAAUCGCAAUCAAAUGAACCAAAGCUAGCACAAACUUCUACUACUGGUGAUACAUUUUCUGAGACACUGGCUGUGAUCUCCUCACCGUCAGGUGCCAAUGGCUCAAAGAUUGUUGCGUUCCGUCUUUCAGGAGAUCAAGCGUUUCGCCUAGAUCCCAAUGCGAAACAAUUAGAUAUGUAUGAAGGUUUCGGACAGUCCAUGGUUACUAUAAGGCUGCCUCCGCCACCUGUUUCCAAAUUUACACAUGCACUGGUCAUCGGAUCUCCUUUUGAAAGCUCCUCUGAUAAUGGUCCUAAUGUUGGACGUGUGUACAUAAGUUGUCCGACGUCAGGUGAGGUGAGCAUCCGCCCCGCCAUUAACGGUUCACAUGCCCACGGAUUUUUCGGCUAUUCCCUCGCUCGUGUUGGCGAUGUAGACGGAGACGGUAUCCAUGAUGUGGCCAUUGGAGCUCCGGCACUGCAGAAGCCUACAGACUCACGCUCGACUGCUCCAGGCAGAGUGUAUAUUCAUCGUGUGACACCUGCUUGCAGCAUUGAUCCAGUACCGAUUCAGAUCUUGGAAGCACCUGACAGUCAUCCUGGGGAUGGUUUUGGCCUGGAUAUUGCCGACAACGUGGACAUUGACUACGAUGGAUGGCCCGAAUUACUCGUGACCAGUUUGAAUCGUGACACUGCCCCGUAUAUAUUCACAAUGCCGAAACGCCUUGUGGCGCAGUGUCACAUCAGUGUCCCUUUAAGCCACACUCUCAAUCCAUUUCAGGCUGGUUCCGUUAUACCUGUGCGGAUCCUAGCACGCCUGUUCGAUCCUCGACUCAAACGAUGGGCCCCAAUUCCGUUGGGAGUCGUCAGCCAAACUGCUCGUGUUCAUCAGGUGAACCCCGACGUGUUGUGGCAGCAGCGACACUCAACCGGUCCAGACACGGCGACGAAUGAAGAGCUUUAUGAGGACUCGAUGUUUCUCUCCCUGAUGGGGAUGAGUAUGAACCGAAGUGAGCCUCGUUUUCUCUUAGCACAUGGAACGGUUCAGCCAGAACUGUUAUCGCACGAUCCGCAACAGCUUUCGGUCAAAUUCAGCAUUCAAUCUAGGUACGGAUCACAGUCUUCCGAUCUGAUCACAAUCCCACUCAGGGUGGCAUAUCGGUCAGUUGUGAAUACACAAGUUUGCACAGACUUUUUGGCUCACGGAGGUGUGUGUUCGAAGCGACAACAGCCCAUUGUUGAUUGGUCCCAAUGUGAAACUAACCUUCAGUUGGCGCGGCAUAUUUGCAUUCCAGCCCCCGAAUGCAUAGGCAACUUGGCCCUGAUCCUACAAGAAGCGAACAACUCAUCGUCACCCGCGUCGGACAAGAUAAUCCGCUUUCAAUGGGGUAGAGCCACCGACAGACAUCAGACCGUCCAAAUCGCCCUGAUCAACCUUGGACCAACAAAAUCCGCCGGUUUACUUGUACAGAUUCGAGUAACUGGCCGUUCCACAGCGCAACCUGCCGUGGGAAUCAAUCUGCACCUCACUCAGGUGACUGUGCUUCGGUCGACAAAGGGCGCCUCGGAAAGCAGUCGGCCGGAGGUUAACCUGAUGAAUACGAACAAAUGGACAGUCCAAUUACACCCGGAUGGACUGGCCGCGUUGAUUUCCUCCAAAUCGCACGAAUGGAUGUACCCGAACGAAACGAUGCUCAUGCGCAUAGACUUGUUCGCAAGCAUCUCGACCGAAUCGCAACCAGUACCUCAGUUGUCUGCGGCUGAGUUGGAAAGGAAUACGAGCUCUGAUGAUGGUGGCUACAUCCCGUCACUUCAUGUGCGCGUGUUAUCUGACACAAAAGAUCCGGACACAGAGGAUAACGAGCUCACUAUCCCGUACGGGUUAUCGUAUGCACCUCGGAUUGAUAUUAGCGCUGGAUCCCAGCCACCCACGCUGAUUGACAAUCGAAAGGAACCGACGUUGUUUCACCAGAAGCUACAUCGACGUAGAGUCUUGUCUGGCGAAAUCGGUCCCAAGAUUCAACACACCUUUUUGAUCGAGAACACUGGCAAGUUCAGCCUCUCUAACGUCACCUUCUUGCUUGAAAUACCCAUCACCACAACCAACGGACAACCACUAGUCUAUCUAUCGAGGCAAAGCCGGCGAAAAGCAUUCUCUUCAGCGGAUGUUCUCGCCUUCGCUUGGCAACCGGUUUUGCCCCGAAUCAUCGCCAGCGACGGCUCGGAGCGUGGCAGUUGCUUGGUCCCAGAGGACGUUCUCGACCCAUUUGGCUUGCACAUACUGGACGUUGAAAGAGACGAUCACCUUGAACCGGAUGUGCGCACAGACAGACUAUAUCGCUCCAAACGUCAUUCGAGCGCUGAUAUCGUGAUUUCGCGCAUGGAUGAAUGGAUUGAACCUGACCACCAGAAACAUUCAGCCUCUGCUCAGGCUUUGUUCGAACGCACUCGAAGGGGGCGGAUUAAUCUGAGGUGCCCCAACAAGGUCACAGCGAAAAGAUUGGAUGAUUUACAACGGUCCACUGCAGGUCCGGGAGAAGCCGUCAAAUGCACCGCCAUUCAUUGUCGCCUAGAUCGGUUGGACCAGCAUGACACUGUACGACUAGAGUGGGUUGGUUGGUUGUGGUCAGAGACUUUCUUCAAUCUGCACACGCCUGACGUACAGUUGGUCAGCCGUCUCCGCGUGGAGAACUGGGGUGAAUUGCCACCUUUGAUAACGAACUACAAGAGAAUACAGUCUAUCCGGCGAAAUAUGCCGGCGGUUGUGCUGUUUGACUACCCCGAUCCGACACCAUCCUACGAAAUGACCCAGUCCAUCGUGUUUCGAGCAGUACAACCGGAGCAUCGCCAUAUGGUCCCAUUGUGGCCCAUUAUUGUCGGUGUGGUGGUCGGUUGUUUACUGCUCAUGGCGUUAGGAGUGUGCUGCUAUGCCAGUGGGUUUUUCCGACGGAAAUCGUUACAAAAAAGGCUGCAGGAUCGGGAAGCGAAGCAGCAGCUGAAGAAGAGGCAUCGCAAUUCGGAGGCGGAAGUACCUUUAUUGAAGGAGACGCAGGUCAAGACCACGACGCGUGUUUCAUCACGAACAAACAAGGAUGCUGCCUCAGAUGUGCCGCAGAAGAUAGCAGUUCCUGUAUCGGAGGCUACUCCUCGUGAAUGCUGACAUUGACUGAUCCCACUUUGUACACAGCUCUGACAUGGCGCUAUCACGUGACCCCCGAAGGUCGCUGACUGAAAAAGCGAAAAAACAACGAUUACAAUCCCUCCUGUUGAAGCACUCAACUGUAGUGAUACACCCAUUUCCUUUGCUGUUGUUCCAGUCAACGUAGUUAAACAUGCGAAAGAAUGAAGAAGAACUUUUUGAC